AGAGAAUAGGCCCUUAGAGCACGUUCUCUCAAACUUAUUCUUAGCAGUUACUCAUAUAUUUUUUAUUAGAAUGAGAUUAGAUCAGGCUCGAUCAUGUUAGAAACAAAUUUAAAGACGGAGUAUAACCUACAUUUAAAUUAGUUCGAAUUUUGGAAGAAAACUUAUUUCAAUCAAAUCAGCCGUUCAGAUAGAUUGGGUGAAGGGUCUUCCUUUUUUUGUUUCCUUUUUCCUUCAAGAGAUCCCAAUUUUCAGUCACUUCUGCUGCAUUUUACUACGGACAAUUAUUAUAAUUGAUCUGCUUUCUUCAAGUUCUUUUGUUUCCUAUAAUUAAUAUCUCUCUCUGCUCCGGGCAAUCUGCAAUCUUUGAUUUCAGGUUGCAAUUUCAUCAAAGUAUGGGUCUCUCGCCUUAUUCAUCCCCGGCGGACGGCGGUGUUCUAUGUGUGAUCCUCUUCAACACCGCCAUGUCCAUUUCCGUGAUCAAGGAGAUGGUCAGGUCAAUCCUUAGUGUCAUCGGCAUUCCCAUUGCUUCCCCAUGGGAAGAGCACCCCGCGGGAGAUGCAACCGAAGAAUGUCGUGCAUCUCCCUCCGAGUCGUACAUGGAGGAGUUUCGGAGCCAGACUCCGACACUCCGAUACGACUCGGUUUGCACCUCGAGAAGAGGAGGAGAAAAGGAAGAAAAAGAGUGUUGUUGUUGCUGUUAUUGUUGUGUGUGCUUGGCAGAGUUCAAACCAGAUGCAGAGAUAAACCUGUUAUCGUGCGGACACGUCUUCCACUUGUUGUGUCUUGAGAAAUGGGUCAAGUCUUGGGGGGUCACAUGCCCGCUCUGCAGGAAUUCAGUCAUGACGCUACACCAACAAGACGAUAAAGAAAAUGUGAUGACUUGUCCGAUGUGACCGCCUUGGGCUGUGCUAGGGGUACACCAAGAUGUGUACUCUAUUUGUACACCAAGUGUAUCACAGACACACACAGACAUCAACUCUCUGUCCAUGUUGUUUUGUCUAUGUUUAUGUGAUACACUUGCUCUACAAAUGAGUAGACAUGUACCCCAAGCUUUAUUGGAGCUCUUUAGAGAGGUUCUCAUGUACAUGUGCUUGCUCUAGGUAGUAGUGGUGUAGAGGCAAGAGCGUAUCAGUGAAUGACAUCUUUUUUCAUAAAAAGAACCUCCUCCCGCACAUGUAAAUGAUGUCAUAUGUGACGCCAUUUGAUUUCAGAUCAAAGUGGAAUCACAUAUGACAUCUGUUCGUGAAAUGUGCAGGAGGAUGGUUUUUGCUACGAAACGAGUAUAGGUGCGGUUGACCGCUAUAACAUCACCUGUGGUGAAUGUUUGCGUCCUUUCAAAGCGAUGGGUCAUCGAAACAUAUGCUCACUCUAGCUUGUUAAUAUGUUUGUGUCCUGUGUUUCCAUUUUG